GGCUUAAUUUGAUUUACUUAGCAAAUUAAGCUGUAAACCAUACAUAUAUUUCUUCAUUAAAUUUGCUAGCCAUGGCUCUGGUUAACAGCUUCAUCAUGCCAAAGACCAUGCUCCAAAUGCCCAUUAAUUCCAAGCCCUGCAGCCUGCACAAUAAGAUUGUGAUUAUAAGAUGCGCAGCGGCGAGAAGGAAAAUCACUGAAGGGCCUCCUUCGCAAAUUAACCAGGUACUUAGCGUCACUAGCAGGAGUUUGGGAACUGAGAAGGUGAGCCUCAGGAGCAGCAGCUUGACUGGAGAAGAUGGAAAAACAAAGGAAGGAAAUGCCAUUGUUGAUGAGGUUAACAAUACAACCAAGACUGCUGAUGAUGCCACUGUUUAAUAAUAUAUGCAUGGGUUGUUAAUAGGUUAAUUAAUCUGCAGGGAACGUUUGUAGUUAUAAUAUUAUGGUGGCUAAGCAUGUCUUUGUGGCUGAGUGUGUGACUUGUUAGCACAUUA